AUGGCACCAGGGCAUGGUUUCUUUACAUCUUUACAAGAGUUGAAGCAAGGUGAUCCCCUCUCUCCUUCCUUGUUCAUUCCGGGUUCUGAAGUUCUCACCAGAUCUCUUAGCAAGAUUCAUGGAGACGACAAUUUCACUCCUUUUAACAUGCCAACAAGAAGUCCUCAAAUUAAUCAUCUUGCUUAUGUGGAUGAUAUUGUCAUCUUCAUGGCAGGCAACAAUAAAUCCAUCAAGCUCAUCGUGAAUAAUAUCAAGAACUAUGGUAAGGCAUCCGAGCAAAAACUCAACGUCAAUAAGAGCUUCUUCAUUACAACUCCUAAUACUAAAGCUGGAAGGAUAAAUAGAAUCAGGAGAACCACUGGCUUUAUGGACAAACAAUUUCCUUUCAAGUGUCUAGGAUGCCCUAUCUAUAUGAUUGCAAAGAUUUAUAAGAAAAUAAGCGGAUGGCAAGGAAAGAUGCUAUCGUAUGGAGGGAAAGUGGUUAUUAUUAAAAAUGUUCUACAAUUUCUCCCUCUAUACACCUUUUCUGCAAUGUCCCCUCCAAAAGCUACGCUUAAUCUCAUUGAGAAACACUUUGCUAGAUUCCUCUGGGGGUUCCCAUGGUAA